UUCCCUGGAAUGCAGAUCCUGUAAGUCAGAUGUGUGCAGUAAUUUAUGAAAAAGGAUACGGUUAUCUACAGGUGUGUACUGUACAAGAGGUUUGGUGUUUAUAAAACUGCUGUAUCAUCCUACCUCUCGCUGAGAUCCAGUAGUGAAGUCACCGUCACUUCAUUCCGCUUCCCCUCAUCUCUCAUAUGAGCUGUAAGCUGCCAAGAUCUGCGGAGAAAAUGGUAGCAGCUCCACGGCAACCGAGGCCGGAUCGGACGUCACGUUUUCUAAGCCGGAGACACCGCACGAAUUAAUUACUGCAGCCCAGAGACACAGACACUUCGGUUUCUUUCUCUUCUUUCUUCUACUCUCUUGGAGUCGGCGUCUUGGAGCCCCGCCACCAAGGCCCAGCUCGGCGCGGGGCAAUGGAGCUGCUAGCCAAGGCGCCCGUGCUGAGCUGCGGCGGGAAGAGGGGAGGCGGAGGCGCGGCGGGGUUGCCCAUGGGCCCGCUCGUGGGCGCGCUGGGCAGGUGCAUCUUCAGGGCCGUGCCGCCGCCGUCCGCGCCAAGGGUCUGCGGGACGCCGGGGGGCCCGCCGGUGACGGCGCCGAGGGUGCGGCUCAGGGACGGGCGGCACCUGGCGUACGCGGAGUCGGGGGUGCGGAAGGAGGACGCGCGGUUCAGGGUCGUCCUCUCCCACGGGUUCACCGGCUCCCGCCUCGACACCCUCCGCGCCGCGCCGGAAGUGGCCGAAGAACUGGGCGUGUACAUGGUGGGCUUCGAUCGCGCAGGAUACGGCGAGAGCGACCCAAACCCCAACCGCUCUGUGAAGAGCGCCGCUCUCGACGUCGAGGAACUCGCGGACGCACUGGGGUUGGGCCCCAAGUUCUACGUGAUCGGCAUCUCCCUUGGCUGCCAUGCCGUUUGGGGCGCCCUCAAGUACAUCCCCGACAGGAUCGCUGGGGCGGCGAUGAUGGCGCCGGUGGUGAACUACUGGUGGCCGGGGUUCCCCGCCGACCUGACCGCCGAGGUGUACGCCAAGCAGGAGGUGGGCGACCAGUGGGCGCUGCGCGUGUCACAUCACGCCCCCGGCAUCCUCCACUGGUGGAUGGAGCAGAGCUGGCUCCCCACCUCCACCGUCGUCGCCAACACCACCCACCUGCCCAACGAGCGCGACGCCGAGAUCCGCCGCACCCUCACCGCGGACGGCACGCUCCAGAAGAAGAGGGAGCUGGCGACGCAGCAAGGCAUCCACGAGUCGUACUACCGCGACAUGAUGGUCAUGUUCGGGAAGUGGGAGUUCGACCCCAUGAGCCUCCCGAAGCCGCCGUGCCCCGUGCAUCUGUGGCAGGGCGACGAGGACGGGCUGGUGCCGGUGGUGUUGCAGAGAUACCUCGUCAGCCGGCUCAGCUGGGUCAACUACCAUGAGCUCCCCCGCACCGGGCACUUCCUGUCGUCGGUGCCCGGGCUGGGGGACACCGUUCUUAGGACCCUUUUCGGUUGAGCAUACUAGUCUAUCAACCCAUGCAGCGCAAGGGCUAGCGAUUGUAGAAAACAUAUGAACAACAAAAGUUCAUGUGAAUUUCAUCGCAUAUGUUCAAUAUAAUUGCUUUUCUAUGGUAUAUAGAUGGUGAGUGGAAAAGUAUUGAAAGAGUUGUUAGACAUAUACUAACUACGUAAUGAAAGGUUAAACCUUACAUACUUUUUUUUC